AUGAAGGACCACCAGUCGAUGAUGUCGCGGCCACCCACCUUGGUCAGCAACCUCUCCCAGCUGGAUGGACUCUCCAAGAGGGCUCGUAGUUUCAGCUUUAUCAAGCUGGAACUCUACCAAGACCGGAAGACGGCCCGCCCUCUGCUUGUUGAUCGCAAGACCGAUCCGUUGCUGGAGCGGUCGGCCGUGGUUGGAGAGAAGAUUGAAGACGACACAAGAGCGCUUGUCCAGCUGCUCACGAAGGAGGUCACUGACAAGAGCGAUAGCCGCAGGGUGGUUGCCAUUGUUGGUGUUGGUGGGAUCGGCAAGACCAUCCUCAGCAAGAAGAUCUUCAACGACGAGGUCAUCCAAGGUAAGUUCACCAAGAAGAUAUGGUUGAGUAUCACACAGGAGUUCAAUGGGGUUGAACUACUGAGGACGGCCAUCAUCGCUGCUGCGGAUGGAAAAAUGCCUGAAUCUGCAGGAAUCUCUCAAGAUAAAGCUGUACUUGGGCCGGAACUCGUGAGUGUCAUCAGGGACAAGAAGUUCUUUCUUGUGUUGGAUGACAUGUGGGAUAUCAGUGUAUGGAACAACCUGCUAAGCGCUCCUUUUAGCCACGGUGCCGCUGGUAGCCGAGUCCUCAUCACCACCAGAUAUGAUGCAGUUGCACGAGGCAUGAGAGCAGUGCAACCGUAUCACCAUGUCAGCAAAUUAGGGCAUGAAGAUGGCUGGUUGUUGCUCACAAAGCAGGUACUCGGAAUGGAGAAAAGUGAUCCUGAAAUUGAUAUGCUAAAGGAUAUUGGACUGCAGAUUAUAGAAAAAUGUGAUGGGUUACCCCUUGCCAUAAAAGUGAUGGGAGGACUCUUAUGUCAGAAGGAGAAAGAACGGCGUGAUUGGGAAAAGGUACUGCAUGAUGCUAUAUGGUCAGAAUCUCAGAUGCCAGAAGAGCUAAACUAUGCAAUAUAUCUUAGCUAUGAGGACUUGUCUCCUUGUUUAAAGCAAUGUUUUCUGCACUUCUCGCUUAAGCCUAAAAACAAACAAUUAGAUAAUAUGCAACUUGUUAGCAUGUGGAUUGCUGAAGGGUUUAUUCAUGGGGACUCUGAUAUAUUGGAGGAAUUAGGAAGCGAGUACUAUAAAGAGCUAAUAUCGAGGAACCUCAUAGAGUUGGAUACAUCAUGUGUCGGCCAAUAUAUUUGCCAUAUGCAUGAUGUUAUUUGUUCAUUUGCUCAUUUUAUGACUAAAGAUGAAGCACUAGUAGCUCACAACGGAGAAGCUGUUAGUAAACAUAGUUUGCAAAGGUUUCUUAGGUUAUCUAUAAAAACCCAGGCAGUAGAAUCAGAUGAAUUUGAAUGGAGAAAUUUACAAGAGCAGAAAUCACUAAGAUCCAUAAUAUUGAUUGGGAACUUGAAGAUUCAGCCUGGUGAUUCCUUGGUUACCUUUUCUAGUCUACGGACUCUACAUGUAGAAUCAUCAAAUUUUGGCUUAUUGGUUGAAUCCCUGUGUCAGCUCAAACACUUGAGGUAUUUGACAGUAGGAAAAUGCAAUGAUAUAGAAAGCCUGCCAGAGAACCUUCACGAGAUGAAAUUCUUGCAACACAUUAGUCUUGAUGGUUGUGAGAAUAUUGUGAAACUUCCUGAUAGUAUUGUAAAGUUACGAGAACUGAGAUAUCUUGACAUUGACCGCACAUGUAUAAAAAGUAUGCCUAGGGAUUUUCAUGGUCUAACAAAUUUGAGGACACUAUAUGGGUUUUUUGCCCACAUGGAUGGUGAUUGGUGCAGUUUGGAAGAGCUUGGGCCUCUUUCCCAGCUUAGGGCCAUUGGAUUAGUGGGCCUGGAGAAUGUAUCUAACGCCUCAUUCGCGACAAAGGUUAGGCUUGGUGAGAAGGCGAAUCUUUCUGUGAUGAGCUUAGACUGUAGCAGUAGACUCGAGGGUGAUGGACUGGUCAAACCUGGAGCCUCUGAGAAGGAUCAAGGAAUACUGGAAGACGUGUUUGAUGAGCUCUGUCCUCCGUCUUGUAUAGAAGAUAUUCGCAUAGAUGGAUAUUUUGGGCGUCAGCUCCCAAGAUGGAUAAUGUCGACAGCACCGGCGCCCCUCAAGAGCUUGAAGAUACUAAUGAUACAGAACCUGGUUUGCUGCACCCAACUCCCUAAUGGUCUGUGUCAGCUCCCAUGCUUGGAGUUUCUAAAGGUCAGUUGGGCUCCAGCGAUAAAGCGUGUUGGCCCUGAAUUCGUGCAGUCCUACGGGCAACGUAACCAUACUUCAUCCCAGCCAGCACCUAUGUUUCCAAGACUGCAUGAGAUGAUCUUAUUUGGACUUUUGGAAUGUGAGGAGUGGGAAUGGGAAGAGGAAAUGCAAGCUAUGCCCCUAUUGGAAAAACUUGAUAUCGAAGAGUGCAAAUUGAGGUGUAUUCCUCCUGGCCUUCCUUUCCAUGCAAGUUAUUUGAAAACAUUGACCUUACACAGAGUCCAGUACCUCGAAUCUAUUGAGAACUUUGCUUCUGUAGUUGAGCUUGACCUGUAUGACUUGCCAGAGCUGACUAGGAUCUCCAAUUUUCCCAAGUUGCAAAAGCUUGAGAUCAGAUUCUGCGAAAAGCUCGAGUCGCUGCAGGAGAUGACUGCACUGCGCAAACUUGAGCUGUGCUACAGAGAGAAAGAACUCCCACUUUACCUGCAGACUGUCAAGCCAAGCUAUUUGCUGCUGAACUGUAGAGCAGAGAUACUCGCUUCCAUGGCUGUGGGAGAAUCUGGCCCUGAUUGGGACAAGUUCAGCCAUAUCCAGCAUGUCGAGGCUUAUGCAGCUGAUGAAAACUAUAGAAUGCACUACCUGUCUUUCACAAGCAAGCCCUACAAGAUGGAUAUAAAGAUCGAGCCAAAUCUGCAGGAUGACGGUGAGGAGGGCGGAGAGGAUUAA